AAGCUUGAAGUAAAACAACUCAAAGAUUUUGGAUACGUCACCCUUAACAAGAACCGUGUGGGUACCUUGGUAAACUCGUACAAUGGUAAAUCUGUACACUCCUUGAACUUGCAUGGCUGCAAACAAGGAGAUGAACUUGGCAUUCUGGUCGAGAACCAAGGACGACAAACAUAUGAAACGAUCAACGAUUACAAGGGCAUUCUUUCGGAAGUGGAAUUAGAUGGAAAACCACUGCAUGACUGGAAGCAGUGCAAGCUGAGCAUUAUUCAUGAUUACGUCAACAAAUACCCGUCAACAUCAAACUCAUCAAACGUG